GCCCCUCCACACCUGAGCUGCCGCCAAGCUCACUCAAUAGGAGCCGGCGCAUUUGAGGAGGCGCCUGCGAGGGUCGCUCCUCAGCCGCCGCGACCCCACUCCACGCCCCCACUCCUCGUCGCAGCGCCUCUGCCCGCCCGGAAGGUGGACGUGAAGCUCCAACACCUCGACUUCUGGGCCAGCCUCCAUGGCCAGGUCCCGGGACUGCUGGACUGGGACAUGGGGAAUGAGCUCUUUCUGGCCUUCACCACAUCUCACCUCCCCUUAGCCGAGCAGAAACUUGCCAGGUAUAAACUCCGAAUUGUUAAGCCACCAAAAUUACCCUUAGAGAAAAAACCCAACCCUGAUAAGGAUGGUCCAGAUUAUGAGCCCAACCUGUGGAUGUGGGUAAACCCUAACAUCGUGUAUCCCCCUGGAAAGCUGGAGGUCCCAGGACUUACAAAGACGGAGGAUCUGACAAGCACACUCCCCUCCUCUCAGCCAUUCCAGAAGGAGGAAGAUGUCAGCUGCUCAGAGCCCACGGGGGGGGAAUCGCUGUCCAGGUCCUCCAGCGAGUGGUCGCCCCCUCGGAAGCGGUUUGCCUUUUCCCCCAGCAUCUGGGAGCUCACAGAAGAGGAGGAGGCUGAGGACCAGGAAGACAGCUCCUCUGUGGCUCUCCCAUCCCCUCACAAAAGGGCCCCCCUCCAGAAUCGGAGGCUUCGGCAAGCCAGCAGCCAGGCGGGGAGGCUCUGGUCCCGGCCCCCUCUCAAUUACUUCCACCUAAUUGCCCUGGCAUUAAGAAACAGUUCCCCCUGUGGCCUCAACGUGCAACAGAUCUACAGUUUCACUCGAAAGCACUUCCCCUUUUUCCGGACGGCCCCAGAAGGCUGGAAGAAUACCGUCCGUCACAAUCUCUGUUUCCGAGACAGCUUUGAGAAAGUGCCUGUCAGCAGCAUGCAGGGUGGGGCCAGCACACGGCCUCGAUCUUGCCUCUGGAAGUUGACCGAGGAGGGACACCGCCGCUUUGCGGAGGAGGCCCGAGCCUUGGCUUCCACUCGGCUGGAAAGUAUCCAACAGUGCAUGAGCCAGCCAGAUGUGAUGCCCUUUCUCUUUGACCUCUAACCCCAAGAAGUGAGAGCCAGCUAAUACCUUAUUAAAUUUACCCUCA